AUGCGAAACUUGUUGAUCGCACCUCUCUGCUUGGGAAGCCUACCACUAUCACUCGCACAGCUCAGCAGCAGCCUCCAUACCUUCGCUGACCCCCCUGCCGACGUGCGUCCACGAUUUCGAUACUGGUUACCGGACGCGAGUGUCGAUGGUGAUGUUGUUGCCCGGGACAUCAAACAUACAGCUGAUAUUGGAGCUGGUGGUGUGGAGCUGGUCCCAUUCUUCGAGUACGGAGGGACUUUCAGCCCCAAUCCUCCAGUAGACUGGUCCGUAUACAAUUUCGGAACCACACCGUUUGUCGACCUCUUCAGUACCGCCCUUAAAGCUCAUACGGAACAUGGACUCGUUAUGGACUUUGCCCUCGGACCGAACCAGGGACAGGGGGUGCCGGCCGAGCCGGAUAACGAGGGGCUACAAUGGGAUAUGACCCCGCACACAGCGGCAAUUCCUGAAAGUGGCCGAUAUGAUGGGAAGAUCCCCGGCUGGGGUUCGGGCAACCUCGUCGCCCUGGUCACUGCGCUCGUCGAGUCAAACGUGACCAUUACGUUCGAAACAAUCGGUCUUGCCGGAUUUCCUGUCCCGGUCACCUACGAUAGGUUUGUCCUCAAUCACGAAACAUUGACUGAACAGACACGCCGCGUCGAUAAGCAUGGAAACGUGAGCCUACGUCUGCCCAGGGCCCGUUCUGGGACACAUUACCGCCUUUUCGCGUUCUAUGAACGGCUAGCUGGGGCUAGGAAUCUUGCGUUUCGGUCCAACCAGCACGACGACAUCUUUGACGAUGGGUCAUACACCGUCGAUCACUUUGACGCUCGAGGUGCUGCUGUGGUCAAGGAGUUUUGGCAAGACCACAUCUUGACCGACGAGGUAUCCGCCCUGCUGUCGAGAACUGGAAAUUAUGCCUGGGAGGACAGCCUCGAAAUGCACUUCAACGUAACGUGGUCGCGCUCGCUACCCGAACGGUUCCAGCGGUUGCACGGUUACAGUAUCAAGCCCUAUCUUCCCCUCUUGACCUUUCGGCAAAAUACCGUUGUAAUGCAGAAAGAUCAGCCGGGACCUUUCGAGUGUGUACUUGACACCGAGGACCAAGGCUUGAAUUUUGUCAACGACUUUCGUGCCACACUAGUCGCAGGAUACAAGGAAUACCUCACUGCCCUCUCUGUCUGGGCCCAUGACCUCGGCGUGAAGUUCUCCGCUCAGCCAGUAUACGGCUCGGUCAUGGACAUGCUGUCUGCGAUCCCCUCACUAGACGCACCAGAAUGCGAAAGUCUUUCCUUCUUCGACAACAUCGACAUGUACCGGGCAUUCUCCGGUCCUGCCCGGUUGUCCGGCAAGCGAAUCGUUUCCAACGAGAUGGGUGCUGUCCGCGGUUCAGCCUACAACUAUCACCUGCCCUCGCUGCUUUUCUCCGUCAAUCGGGCGUUUAGUGGCGGUGUCAACCAGAUGGUCUUGCAUGGCCAGGCUUAUUCGGGCACUUAUCCCAACACCACAUGGCCAGGGCACACGCCGUUCAACUACAUGUUCUCCGACCUGUUUUCCCCACGCUUGCCCGCUUGGGAUCAUGGCCUCAGGCAGACCAUGGAUUAUAUUGCUAGGGGCCAGUCUAUCUUGCAAAACAGUGUACCAAAGGCAGACGUGGUGCUGUAUCACAAGGAGUCGGCGACGACUAUUGACAACAUCUAUCAGGGGGAGGACCUGCUGAAGGAAGGCUGGUCUUGGAACUAUCUGUCGGCGGACAAUCUCGCUCUCAAAGAAGCCAAGGUCCGCAACGGAGUCCUGGCCCCGGAUGCUCCGGCAUGGAAGGCAUUCAUCGUCGAGGCCACGCAGAACCUCACCCUAGACGCCAUCCAAACUCUCGAUCGCUAUGCACGCAACGGCCUACCGAUAAUCUUCAGUGGCGGAACACCAGGUUAUUAUCCCACGGGGCGUGAUUCGCAAAAGCCCAAGUACGACCGGGAUUUCGCUCGUCUACUACGGCUACGGAAUGUACACACGGUGGCUGCAGGGUCCGUUGCGCGCAAACUCAGAGAACUGGGUCUGCGGCCGAGGGUCGAGGUCAAGACAAAUGGUACUUGCUAUACUACAUGGGGCGAGGCAGAAGAGUACAGCUACGCAGUCAUCUAUUCGGACCUGGUUCCGUCAACGGGAAGUAUUACCGUUCAUAGCACAGAAACGCCCUUCAUUCUCAACGCAUGGACAGGGGACAUCUCACCAGUCCUUGUUUACACGCAGAGCCAUUCGACAACCACAAUCCCCAUCAACCUCGCCGGAAACCAAACCCUCUUCUUUGCCUUUUCGAAUAAGCUUGCCAGAGACCACCCUGUCCCUCGCUAUCAUAUUCAAGCCGCCCCGCCCCACGUUCUGGGUAAUAAAGUUACAGAUGACAGAAGGAUCGCCCUUUACGUUGCUCGGUCGGAAAGCACAUCGCGAGCCGUUCUCAGUACCGGCCGGAAGGUCUCACUGGAUACGUCUUGUGUCCCUGGACCACUGCAGCUCUCUGGCUGGACCCUAACCGCCGAGCACUGGGAGGCACCAGAAGAUUUAUACGACAGCCAGCAUACAGUGAAAUACAACACAACCCACCAGCUCACCACGCCGACGUCCUGGACCAAACUCCCAGCCCUAGCAAACACAUCCGGGGUGGGCUACUACAACACGACAUUCACUUGGCCACCGAAACGGGAGCACAAUGCCCCAACGACCCGCCACUGCCCCUCUAACCAGGUCGAUUUCGGGGCAUACAUUGCGUUCUCUCGCGUCAUCGAUACAAUCACCGUCUACGUCAACGACCAGCAGAUCCCGCCACUGGACCUCACGAACCCCGUGGCAGAUAUCGGCCCCUACCUGCGCCGUGGUGAGAAUACUAUCCGGCUUACUGUGCCGACGACGCUUUGGAACUACUUGCGGACGAUCUUCAACGACCUUGUUUCGGCGGGUGUUUCGGCGUCGCGGUUCGGUGGGCCACCGCCGGCGGGUGAAGCAGGGUUGGUCGGGAGCGUUACCCUCACGCCCUAUAGGAAUGUGAUCGUCUAG